AUGUCGCCAGAAGUAAAGAAAACGAUAGCGUCCAAGACAUUGAUGUUGUCUCAAGCGCAAGACGGGGUCGCAGAACCGGUCUCGUCGGGGGUUCUUGCCAAUGGCAACACCCACGAUCAACAACAACAAAAUGAAGUAGAUGAGCAACCACUACAAGAGCAAACUACCUCUGAGCCUGUAUUUGAGUUGGAAUCAGAAUCAGAGCUGCAAGAAGGUCCGGAUUCUUAUACCAUGGCCAUCUCAAAUUUACGGUGUCCUUCCCCUCCACCAAUCUUAGCCAAUUCAAGUAAACCUAAAUAUCCCACUGUAUCCCAAUUAGCAGGAGCCCUUUCCAAAGCAAAGCUUGAACAGCAGCAACAGAAGCACCAACUGCCAGCAACAGGUUUAGGAACCGUUUCAGGCUCAGGGAGCGCUCCAGGUUCAGGUUCAUGUUCAGCUGCUCCAUCAGUUGAUCCUUCAUCAACAUCAUCAACGAAAUCAGAACCUGUAGAUUCCGAAAGACGAUCCUCCCCCACAGUUCAUACCCCCACUACACAUCUACAAUCCCACACAACAGCUUUGCUGCAAAAGACACUGUUGCUGAAUCUGCGAUUCAAAGCUGACGGGUCCUUGGUUAGUAAUGGCGGUAAAGAAACCAUAGUCGCUGGAGGUGCUAUUCUUAACGCUAAUAAAUCUGCUAGUAGUAGUGGUACUAAUGGGGCCGUUUCUAACUCUUCCUCAACUGCUCCUUCAGCAACGGAUUCUCCAGCGGCCACAGCUGACCCUACGGGAAUUAAGUUACACCCCUUGCCCCAGCCAACCAGUAAGAUUGAUGAAAUCAUUGUCUCACCAAUCAUAUCUCAGAAAGACCCACAGAAUUCUAUUGAUGGAGAAGGCCUUACAAGUACAACUCCAAAUCCUGGUGCAAAUGCCAAUACAAACUCACCAUUAUCAACUUCUGUUCAUGCACAUUUCUUUAUGGAGGAUAUCUUGAAGCUGGGUAAGUUUAACAAUAGAUCUCGGUCUAAUUCGGGUUCCACUCUGAUUGCGUCUGAAGACAUAAUUUCUCGAAGACUGGGUCUUGGUAAUGUUGCAGGCCUGACACCUUCUCCUGCUACUGGUGGACCUGGAAAUGGUACUGGAAAUAGUAGUAGCAAUUUGGCUUCACCACUACAUGCAGCUUCGCCUUCGGGAAAUAUGGGUAGUCCUAACCCUGGAGCGUUGGAGCAGAAUGCUAACACUGAUCCACGGUUACCAACAGAUGAUGGGAAAAUUCAUGUUUUGGUUGGUAUGUGCGGAGCACUUUCCAUAGUAAAGGCUAAAAUGGCUAUUCAUAAGCUUUUAGAGAUUUAUGGACCAGAUAGACUUUCAGUUCAAGUUAUUCUUACUCAGGCAAGUCAAACUUUUAUUGGACCUGAAGCUUUCCAUCAGCUUGAAAAGAAGGUUCGGAUAUGGCGAGAUGAAGAUGAAUGGAGUACUUGGAAACAACGACUGGAUCCUGUUUUACAUAUUGAACUUCGUCGUUGGGCAGAUAUUUUAGUUGUAUGCCCAAUGACAGCCAACACACUUUCCAAAAUCUCACUUGGGUUAUGUGAUAAUUUAUUAACCAAUGUUGUGAGAGCUUGGAACACCUCAAAGCCCAUUCUUUUGGCACCAGCAAUGAUCUCUUAUAGUUAUAAUGCUGUGACUACUCGGAGACAAUUGCGGUUGAUCUGUGAGGAGAUGCCAUGGAUUGAGGUUUUGAAACCUAGUGAGAAGGUUAUUGGAAGUUAUGGUGAUAUAGGACUUGGAGGAAUGAUGGAUUGGAAUGAGAUUGUGAAUAAGAUAGUCAUCAAGUUGGGCGGGUACCCUGAUGAAAAUGAAGACGAAGAAGAAGAGGAGGAUGAGGAGAAGAAGAAGCAAGAACAAGAUGAUGAAGAUGGCGAUGACGAUGACGAUGACGAUGACGAUGAAGAUGGCGAUGACGAUGACGAAGACGAAGACGAUGAUGACGAUGAUGAUGAUGACGAUGACGAUGACGAGAAAAAGCAUGAAAAUACACAAGCUCAAUCUUCAAACGAAAUAUCUUCAUCAUAA